AUGGAAGAUUUUAAUAAAGAAUAUGACAUCGAUUUGACAACGUAUUUUGAGAAAAUUACUUGUUGUAAGGAUGAUUUAAAUGAUAUACACAAUAACCCAGAAUCUGGGUUUAGAGUACGACUUGAGCGUGUAAAAAUGGUAGACAUGGCUGAAAGUGAUAAGGUGGUUUGUAAACGAACUAUUCUCUGCAAGCAUUCUGCUGAUAAUGCAAAUAUCGUUCAAGAAAGUAAUGAGUGUCGAUUUACGUGGUUACAACUAUUUACUGGUAAUGAAACUGGAGAUACUAUAAAUGAAAAGUUUGUUGAUGAAGUUCUUUUUUAUAGAAAAGUUCAGAGCUUUGCUUAUACUGCUGUAAAUAAGUGUAUAUUGCAUCGUGAUAAUGACUUUAUUGAUUUAAUUGAAGGGUAUCUAGCAAAGGUUCAUGCUAGUGAAGAUAAAUUGGUUGAAGAAGUUAUAGAAGAUCAAGAUACUAUUGAAAAUGUAGAAAGUAAUGUAAUAUCAAUUGCGAAUUCCCGAAAGGUAGUUACUAGGGGAAGGCCAAAGUUAGCAAGUUAUGAUAAAAAUAUCGCAACGACUACACAAGAAAAAGAUAGUAAAAAACAUGGACAAUAUACUUGUGGGUUGUGUAAACAACCGGGCUAUAAUAUUGCAACUUGCCCACAAAAAGAGAAAGA